CCGGCCCGCCCGGCCCUGCGCCGCAGUCUCCCUCCCUCCCUCCCGCUGCGUCCCAGCUCCGGCUCCCACCCUCCCCGCCUGCUCGUAGCGCACUCCGCCGGUGGCGCGAGCGGCGCCUUUCCAGGGAGGGGGGGAGAUCGCGAGCGAUCGGCCCACUCCCAGCCAGUGGGGGCGGGUCCCCGAGGCCUCGGAGGGACCCCGACUCCAGCCACGUCUCGCUCCUCGCCCGCCGCGCUCGGCCGCUGCCCGGACGCCCCCCAGGCCGGCCUCCCGCGCGCGCAGGGAGGACGCGGGGCCACACCUGGGCGCCGCCGCCGGGUGCCCGCGCCUUCGCAUGGGCCAGCGCUGAGGGCCUCGACCGAGAGUCUCGCGCGGGGAGUCGGCGCCCACCCGCCCCAGGGGGGAGCCAGACCUGGGGGGGCUAGGGCCCCCCAAACUCGGAUCGUAUCCAAUCGCAGGAAGACGGCGCCAUGGAGCUCCGGGUGCUCCUCUGCUGGGCUUCGCUCGCCGCUGCUUUAGAAGAGACCCUGCUAAACACAAAAUUGGAAACUGCCGACCUCAAGUGGGUGACGUUCCCGCAGGCCGAUGGUCAGUGGGAAGAGGUGAGCGGCCUGGACGAGGAGCAGCACAGCGUGCGCACCUACGAGGUGUGCGAUCUGCAGCGCUCCCCCGGCGUGGCGCACUGGCUGCGCACGGGCUGGGUCCCACGCCGCGGCGCCGUGCACGUCUACGCCACGCUGCGCUUCACCAUGCUCGAGUGCCUGUCCCUGCCCCGCGCCGGCCGCUCCUGCAAGGAGACCUUCACCGUCUUCUACUACGAGAGCGACGCCGACACGGCCACGGCGCUCACACCGGCCUGGAUGGAGAACCCGUACAUCAAGGUGGACACGGUGGCUGCCGAGCAUCUGACCCGGAAGCGCCCCGGGGCCGAGGCAACGGGGAAGGCGAAUGUGAAGACGCUGCGGCUGGGCCCGCUCAGCAAGGCCGGCUUCUACCUGGCCUUCCAGGACCAGGGCGCCUGCAUGGCCCUGCUGUCCCUGCACCUGUUCUACAAGAAGUGCCCCCAGCUGACCGUGAACCUGACCCACUUCCCAGAGACCGUGCCCCGCGAGCUCGUGGUGCCUGUAGCGGGCAGCUGCGUGGCCGACGCGGUCCCUGCGCCCGGCCCCAGCCCCAGCCUGUACUGCCGGGAGGACGGCCAGUGGGCCGAGCAGCCUGUCAUCGGCUGCACCUGUGCCGCCGGCUACGAGGCCGUGGAGGGGAACACGAGGUGCCGAGCCUGUGGCCAGGGAACCUUCAAGCCCCAGUCAGGGGAGGGGUCUUGCCAGCCCUGCCCAGCCAACAGCCACACCAACACCAUUGGAUCCUGGGUCUGCCAGUGCCGCAUCGGGUACUAUCGAGCCCGCACGGACUUGCGCAGUGCAGCCUGCACCACGCCGCCCUCGGCCCCGCGCAGCGUCAUCCACCACCUGAACGGCUCGUCCCUGCACCUGGAGUGGAGCGCGCCGCUGGAGUCUGGCGGCCGGGACGACCUCACCUACACGCUGCGCUGCAGGGAGUGCCGCCCGGGGGGCUCCUGCACGCCCUGCGGGGGUGACCUGACCUUCGACCCUGGGCCCCGAGACCUGGUGGAGCCCUGGGUGGCCAUUCGAGGGCUGCGUCCUGACUUCACCUAUACCUUCGAGGUCACUGCCCUGAACGGCGUGUCCUCCUUAGCCACAGGGCCUGUCCCGUUUGAACCGGUCAACGUCACCACUGACCGUGAGGUUCCCCCAGCAGUGUCCGACAUCCGUGUGACGCGGUCCUCGCCCAGCAGCUUGACCCUGGCGUGGGCCGUUCCCCGAGCGUCCAGCGGAGCUGUGCUGGAUUACGAGGUCAAGUACCAUGAGAAGGGUGCAGAGGGCCCAAGCAGCGUCCGGUUCCUGAAGACCUCAGAAAACCGGGCGGAGCUCCAGGGGCUGAAGCGCGGAGCCAGCUACCUGGUUCAGGUGCGGGCUCGCUCCGAGGCUGGCUAUGGGCCCUUCGGCCAGGAGCACCACAGCCAGACCCAGCUGGACGCAGAGAGUGACAACUGGCGUGAGCAGCUGGCCCUGAUCGCUGGCACUGCGGUCGUGGGUGUGGUGCUGGUCCUGGUGGUCAUUGUCAUCGCCGUUCUCUGCCUCAGGAAGCAGAGCAAUGGAAGGGAGGCGGAAUACUCCGACAAACACGGGCAGUACCUCAUCGGCCACGGUACGAAGGUCUACAUUGACCCCUUCACUUAUGAAGACCCCAAUGAGGCUGUGAGGGAAUUUGCCAAAGAGAUUGACGUGUCCUAUGUGAAGAUCGAGGAGGUGAUUGGAGCAGGCGAGUUUGGGGAGGUCUGCCGGGGGCGGCUGAAGGCCCCGGGGAAAAAGGAGAACUGCGUGGCCAUCAAGACCCUGAAGGGCGGCUACACAGAGCGGCAGCGGCGUGAGUUCCUGAGCGAGGCCUCCAUCAUGGGCCAGUUCGAGCACCCCAACAUCAUCCGCCUGGAGGGCGUGGUCACCAACAGCAUGCCGGUCAUGAUCCUCACGGAGUUCAUGGAGAACGGCGCCCUGGACUCCUUCCUGCGGCUUAAUGACGGACAGUUCACCGUCAUCCAGCUGGUGGGCAUGUUGCGGGGCAUUGCCUCAGGCAUGCGGUACCUGGCUGAGAUGAGCUACGUGCACCGAGACCUGGCUGCCCGAAACAUCUUGGUCAACAGCAACCUGGUCUGCAAGGUCUCAGACUUCGGCCUGUCCCGUUUCCUGGAGGAGAACUCUUCUGAUCCCACCUACACCAGCUCUCUGGGUGGAAAGAUUCCCAUCCGAUGGACAGCCCCCGAGGCCAUUGCCUUCCGGAAGUUCACCUCAGCCAGCGAUGCCUGGAGCUACGGGAUCGUGAUGUGGGAGGUGAUGUCUUUCGGGGAACGGCCAUACUGGGACAUGAGCAAUCAGGAUGUGAUCAACGCCAUUGAACAAGACUACCGACUGCCCCCGCCCCCAGACUGCCCCACCUCCCUCCACCAGCUCAUGCUGGACUGCUGGCAGAAGGACCGGAACGCCCGACCCCGCUUUCCCCAGGUGGUCAGUGCCCUCGACAAGAUGAUCCGGAACCCUGCCAGCCUCAAAAUCGUGGCCAGGGAGAACGGCGGGGCCUCACACCCACUCCUGGACCAGCGGCAGCCUCACUACUCCGCCUUUGGCUCUGUGGGCGAGUGGCUUCGAGCCAUCAAGAUGGGAAGAUACGAAGAAAGUUUUGCAGCGGCUGGGUUCGGCUCCUUCGAGCUGGUCAGCCAGAUCUCCGCAGAGGACCUGCUCCGAAUUGGAGUCACUCUAGCGGGACACCAGAAGAAGAUCUUGGCCAGUGUCCAGCAUAUGAAGUCCCAAGCCAAGCCUGGAACUCCAGGCGGGACAGGAGGACCAGCCCCGCAGUACUGACCUGCAGGACCUCUUCACCCCAGGAACACGGCCUCCCCUUCUUCCAGGGGCAGAGUCUGGUGGGGACUCACAGAGAUCCCCAGCCCUGGGCUGGAUAGCACUUUGAACCCGUGGGGGUGGGGAGUUGGCAAUUUGGAAAGAGGAUUUUGGGGGACUGUGCCACUUAAGAGGGUAGAAAUCGCUUUCUGGCCCCUCCAGGUGGGAAACCCCCGAGCCAGGGUGAGGGUGCCUUUCCCUCAGGACUAAGUGUAGCCAGAGGAAGAGGAAACGCCCUUAAUCUCCCGGCUUCCCAGGUGCUCCCCCUCACCUUGAGGGACAAGUCCCUGCAGACCAAAGAGAGGGUGACCAGCCUGCCAGCUUGGGAGUGGAGGAGCGCUGUCCCAGGAGGUGGGAAGGGGUGUCACGGCCCAGUGACGCAGUCAUUGGGCUUGGAUGUCCCAACUUGCUGCUGCCACCCCCCGACACAAUCAUCUUUCCCUUAUAAAUGCCCCUUCCCCAUCUGCUGCCUUCAUAUUGAAGGUUCAUGAGAUUUCGUUUGUUUUUGGUCUUAUUUUUCCUCCUUCCCCUUUUAUUUUUUUGUUUCGUUUGUUUUUCUAGCGUCCUUGUCCUAGUUUUUGUGUUGGAGGGCACCUGUUUCCUCAGCUCCUCCUCUGCCCGUGUUGCAGCGGACCCAUGGAGGUCCGUUUCCAGAACAGUGCCUUGGCCAUGCCACAACCCCAGAUUCACUGCUCCCCAAGCACCCCCAAACUGUGUCCGUGAGGGAGUGUGGGGGAGGGGUCAAGGGGCAGGGGGGUCAGUGGUGGGAACCAGAGACAAGACACCCGGUGCUUGGAGGGGUUCUUAAAUUAUAUUUAAAAAUUAAAAAGAAACUUUUUUUUGUAUAAAUAAAA